AUGGCCAAUGGUGAAUUUGAGUUGAAAUCACAGGAGACGCCUCUUGUCGAUUUUGAUACAAAGACAACUGAAUCCGUCUCUAGUUUGAACCGACAUUCUCAAAUAGAAGAAGAAACCGUGAAGGAAGAACUAGAGCUUGCUCUUCCGGAUUAUGACGAUGUUGCUUUUGGAGGAUAUUCUUGGGAAAUAAAGAAUUGGCAUGAACUUGAUAGUCGUGCUUCAAGUCGUAUAUUUGAAGUUGGCGGAUGUCAAUUUCGCAUCGUUUACUUCCCACAAGGUAUUGUACCGUCUUCUGGAUAUGCGUCUCUCUUUUUAGAAUACAUACCCUCUAGAGAAGAAAAGGAAAGUCAAGAUUAUGGCGUGUGUUGUCAGUUCGCUUUCAUUAUUUCAAAUGUGAAAAAACCUUCUUUACGCGUAGCAAGUUCUGCCCAUUGCCGCUACUCUCCGGAAAUCCAAGAUUGGGGGUUUACUCAGUUUUCCGAAACAAAACGGCUUCUUUCACGCAAUUCUCCAGUUGUACCUCCUAUCGUUGAAGACGGAGCACUACGCAUAAAUGCAUUUAUUCGAAUCCUUGAUGAUCCCACUGGUGUAUUAUGGCACUCGUUCAAUAAUUAUGACUCUAAAUCUAUGACAGGAUAUGUAGGCUUAAAAAAUCAGGGUGCUACUUGCUAUAUGAAUUCUUUAUUGCAGUCCCUAUACAUCAUUGGUGCUUUCCGUAAAAUCGUGUAUCAAGUUCCCACAAAAAAAGAGGAAUCUAAAAAUGGUAUUGCAUAUGCUCUCCAACGCUGUUUUUAUAAUCUUCAGUUUAUGAACGAACCUGUUCCUACUACUGAUUUAACAAAAUCUUUCGGCUGGGAUUCCUUAGAUUCUUUCAUGCAGCAUGAUGUUCAGGAAUUUAACCGAGUUUUACAGGAUAAUUUGGAGAGAAGCAUGGAAGGUACGAUGGAAAACGCAUUGAAGAAUCUUUUCUGUGGGAAGAUGAAAAGUUACGUUGCUUGUAUGAAUGUUAAUUAUGAGUCUGCCCGCACCGAAGAGUUUUGGGAUAUUCAGCUAAACGUAAAAGGAAUGAAAAAUUUAGAGGCCUCAUUCCGAGACUAUAUUCAGGUCGAAACUUUAGAUGGUGAUAACUGUUAUUACGCUGAUAUGUAUGGUUUCCAAGAAGCAAAGAAAGGUGUUAUUUUCGAAUCAUUUCCUCCCAUUUUACAUCUUCAACUAAAACGAUUUGAAUAUGACUUUGAAAGAGACAUGAUGAUAAAAAUUAAUGAUCGAUAUGAGUUUCCACUUGAAUUUAAUGCGAAAGCCUUCUUAAGUCCUGAGGCUGAUCAAGACCAAAAUUGCGAGUACGUCCUACAUGGAGUACUCGUUCAUUCUGGUGACCUCGAUAAUGGUCAUUAUUAUGCACUUUUAAAGCCCCAGAAAGAGGAAAGGUGGUACAAAUUUGACGAUACCAGAGUAACGCCUGCGACCUUGAAGGAGGUUUUAGAAGAAAACUAUGGUGGUGACUAUUUCGUACAUCCGCCUUUUCGACCUGCUGUUAAACUAAAGAGAUUUAUGAGUGCUUAUAUGCUUUUAUAUUUGCGAAAGGACAAAAUCGAUGAGUUAAUAGCUCCAGUUCAAAAGGAUGUAAUUCCCAACCACUUAAAAGAAGUACUUGAUGAAAAUAUACGCUUAGUUGACCAACAACGAAAGGAACGACUAGAAAGCCAUCUCUAUACCAAAAUUGAAAUCGUUACUCCAGAUUAUUUCGCCAAUCACCACGAAUUUGACCUUGCAAAUUUUGACAACCCAGUGGAUGAAGGCGUUAUGCUUCACUUUAGAAUAAAGAAAGAACAAAAUGUUUCGGAUUUGAUACCAAUGGUAUCUGAAGAAGUUGAGGUCCCUGCGAAUCGCUUACGUCUUUGGUAUAUAAUACGUCGACAAAAUUAUACCUUACGUGUAGAAGAACCUGUAAGUGAGCUAAACAUUUCCAUUGAAGAGGCUAAGGACAGGUGGAAUUCACAAGGCUUUAUCCUCCGUUUAUAUUUGGAGAUAUUACCUGAGAAUCAGACGAAUCAUCCUCUUGUUAACGUUUCCUUUGAUUCUCCUAAUAUAUUUUUAUUUAUUAAAUAUUAUGACAGAGAAAACCAAGAAAUCAUUGGUUGCGGAACUAUUUUUGUUAUAAAAAACGAUAAACUUGAUUCUAUUUGCCCGGAAUUGUGUGAGCGCGUUGGCUUGUCGAAAGAUACCCCAUUACAUUUAUAUGAGGAAAUCAAGCCAGGUUAUAUCGAAUACUUAAGAUUAUCUAAAACCUUUGCUGAGAACGAACUUAGUACUGGUGACAUUAUUUGUUUCGAAACUGGAAAUUCAGAUACGAAGGAUCAAGAAGAUAACAUAUUUCCGACAGCCCCUAAAUUGUAUGAUUUCAUGGCGAACCGAGUAAUUAUUACUUUUCGACCAAGGUUUAUUGAUCAAGAAAGCACUCUUGAAUUUGAGCUUGUACUUGAUCGACGCAUAAAAUUAAUAGAGCUUUGCGAAGAACUAUCCGAAAAAUUAAAUACAGACGCUGAUCAUAUUCGGCUUACUACUUGCAGUCCUCUUGCGUAUGCCGCUAACAUGGUUGUUCCGAACAAUCCAAACAUUACUCUCUACGAGAUAAUGCAUGCUUCUGAGGAAGACACUGUAUCUAAUAUGCUUUUUUACGAGAUUAUGAAUGUCAGUCUUUCUGAUCUGGAUAAAAAGCGACUCUUGCGUGUUACAUGGCUUUUUGAAGGUCUUGCGAAUGCAGAGCUAAUUGAUGUUUAUAUAAAUAAAGUCGGGAAUGUUUCUGACGUAUUUAACGCUAUCUCUGAAAAAUACCCAGAACUACGGGUUCCUAACCAAAAGGUGCGCUUGUAUGAAAUCUUGGAACACAAAUGGUAUCGAGACAUAAAUAUGCGAGCAAUGAUAAGAUCAUUGAAUCCUUUUGCAAGGAUUAUUGGGGAGGUUAUACCUGAAGAAGAAAUUAGUUUACAAGAAAAUGAGCGAGUAAUAGUUGUGUAUCACUUCCAUAAAGAUGUCGCUCGAAUGCAUAGCAUUCCUUUCAAAUUUGUGAUUAAGCCAGGAGAAAAAUUUGCUAUCACUAGACAGCGGUUGCGUUUCCGAACCAUGUACCCUGACAAUAUUUUUUCAGUAAUCAAGUUUGCAAUUAUUGAUUUUGAUAGAAAUUCCGUUGUGUAUUUGAAUGAUGACGAUGUUGUUUUCGAGCUGCUUGAACAAUACAAUGGCACAUUGGCUAUGGAUAGAGCUAAAAAAGAAAUUAGAAAACCUAAAAUUUUAGACCGAGCGAUCCAAAUGAAAGGUUAG